AUGUCUGGCGUAGCAACGACCCCGAUUUGUGCUUCUUCCGUAUCUGACGAUCAAUGCGACAAUGCGAAUCGUUGUGUGCCUAUGAUUCGAGUCGCUGACGAGGAGUAUCCGGCAAUGUCAUUUCCUCGUUAUUCAGAGAAGCCGUUGCACGAGCAACUCGAGCCGAUCGCCGUGGUUGGAAUGGCAUGUCAACUGCCUGGCGAGGUUGGAUCUGCUGGUGACUUUUGGGAUCUAAUGAUGAAAAAGAGAACCGGCCAUACUCCGCGAGUGCCCUCAUCCAGGUUCAACAUUGAUGCCCACUAUCACAAGAACAACAGUCGACCAGGUAGUUUCAACGUCUUGGGCGGCUACUUCCUUGAGGAAGAUCUCACAGGCUUUGACCCGGCUUUCUUCGGCAUCACCCCUAUCGAGGCUAGGUGGAUGGAUCCUCAACAGCGCAAAUUACUGGAGGUUGUCUAUGAAGCUCUCGAGGCUGGUGGCAUCACGCUUGAGGCCAUCUCAGGAACUCGUACCGGAGUAUACGCAGCCAGCUUUACCGCAGACUGGCAGCAGAUGGCGUUUCGUGAGCCCUCCUUUCGGCACAGCGUCGCCGCAACGGCCGUCGAUCCUGGCAUGAUCAGCAACCGCAUCAGCCACGUCUUCAAUCUGAAAGGACCUAGCAUGAUGUGUAACACUGCCUGUUCUUCGUCGCUGUAUGCUCUGCAUAAUGCUUGCAACGCGCUCCGCAAUGGCGAAUGCGAGGCGGCCAUUGUCGGCGGGACGAACAUGAUCAUCGCAGCAGAUCAGCACAUGAACACCGCAAAGAUCGGCGUGCUGUCUGCCACAUCGACAUGUCACACUUUUGACGACAGUGCUGACGGCUACGGACGCGCUGAGGCUGUCGGUGCGGUGUACAUCAAACGGUUGAGCGAUGCCAUUCGUGAUGGUGAUCCCAUCAGGGGCGUCAUCAGGAGCAGCGCCGUCAAUGCUAAUGGUCGAACAACUGCUGUGAGCAUCAGCCAGCCCAGCUGUGAGGGUCAGGCUGCAGUGAUGAUGGAAGCCUAUCGGAGAGGGGGCAAUCUCGAUGCCCGUCUGACAGGCUAUGUCGAGUGUCACGGGACCGGCACACCAGUUGGCGACCCUCUCGAAGCAGAGGCGAUAUCUAUAGCGCUGAACACGAACCGGAACAUAUGCGACGAGCCCCUGCUGAUCGGAUCCGUCAAGCCCAAUGUCGGCCACAGUGAGGCUGCAAGCGGUCUCUCCUCUUUGAUCAAGGCUGUCUUGGCUGUUGAACGCGGUAUCAUCCCGCCAACUUAUGGCGUGGCCAAGCCAAGCAAGGCCAUCAAGUGGAACGAGUGGCAAGUGCGAGUACCGACAGAACCUCUGCCAUUCCCUGCUCAUCUUCCUGUCCGGCGGAUUUCGGUCAACGCUUCGGGAUAUGGUGGGACCAAUGCCCAUGUUAUUAUUGAAGGCGCCGACUCCAUCGUCCCUCAGCUGGGCGGUAGUACAGAGAGAUCUGCCAGCUAUACGUACUAUUGCCAGCAUCACACUUGUUCUCGGCACGUCAUCGACCAUGACCGCCUAUUUCUGUUGCCCUUUUCAGCACAUGAUACGGCGACCUUGCAGCGCAACAUUGCGGCUCACGCCAAAGUGCUAGACCGCUACAGCCUUCUUGAUCUCUCGCAUACGCUCACUACGAGGCGGACCAACCUGGGAAGUAACGCGUAUCUAGUAGCUAGCCAGCGGACCCUGGGUGAGAUUCUCAGCUCAGAUUCUACGACUGCUACAGAGUCGUUUGUAUUCGGCGGUACAAGUCAGCCGUGCAGGAAAGUGGGCUUUGUGUUCACAGGUCAGGGAGCACAGUGGCCACGAAUGGGUGCCGAACUCAUCAAGUACAGCUCUGUGUUUGCUCGCUCGAUUCGGGUGCUGGACAACGUACUUCAAGGCCUGCGGGAUAGGCCCGGCUGGAAGCUCGAGGAAUUAUUACUCGAGGAAGCUUCCACUUCGCCUAUCGCUUCAGCUGAGUUCGCUCAACCCCUUACGACCGCUGUACAAGUCGCGCUGGUCCAACUCCUAGAUGAUUGGGGCGUGCACCCCGCGGUCACUGUAGGACACUCUUCUGGGGAGAUCGCGGCAGCUUAUACCGCCGGGCUCCUCACGGCCAGAGAGGCCAUCACGGCUGCCUUCUAUCGCGGUCAAGUCGCCCGGGAUGUUCGCGCUAACGGCGCAAUGCUGGCGGUGGGCAUAGGCGCCGAGACCUUGACGGAGCAAUACCUCAGCAGUCCCCAGAUGAUGGAGGUCGAAGUAGCAUGCUACAAUUCCCCGACCAGCGUGACUCUCAGCGGUGAUCUGGACGCUAUCCAGGCCGUAAAGGGUCGGCUAGACGUCGACGGAGUCUUCACCCGUAUGGUCAGCACUGGUGGCAAGGCUUAUCACUCACGUCACAUGGCCGAUGUGGCUAGCAAGUAUGAGGAACUCAUCGGCCAAGCUAGAGCCGACUGGGCUCAUGCAUCGACCGCUGAUGAGGCGGGGUGGAUGAACUUCCAACGAGGAAGUGGCGUGUCUAUGAUAUCGUCCGUCACGAGUAGCCUGUUAGCCAAGGACACUGUUCUUGACGGGACAUACUGGAGCAAGAAUCUGCAAAGUCCGGUUCGCUUCGACCAGGCCAUCCAGAAGUUGUUAACAACUGCGAAAUAUUCGGACGUCGAUUUAAUGUUGGAGAUCGGGCCUCACUCGGCCUUGUCCGGUUUCAUCAGACAGAUCCAAACUCACGUGGGUCACAAAAAAGCUGAUUAUCUCCCGACAUUACUACGGAACGAAAACGGUGCUGUCAGGCUGCUCCAGGUAGCUGGCGAGCUCAUUCUGCGUAACUACAACACGCUCAACAGAGCCAAAAUUGUACGAGCAUACAGUACUUAUGAUUGUCAGCCUGGCUCCUGUGGUCAGGGUCGAACGAUUGUCGAUCUCCCGCCAUACCAGUGGAACUACGAACGAAUUUUGUGGGCCGAGAGCCCCCUAAGUCGCGAGCACCGGCAGCCUGCUUUCCCUCGUCAUGAUCUUCUUGGCCAGCAAAUUGUCGGUUCAUCCCCAUUGGAGCCAACGUGGCGCAAUUUGCUGCGGCUUCAAGACCUCCCCUGGCUCAGGCAUCAUCGCCUAGGGGGUGAGUAUAUAUUCCCUGCGGCAGGAUACUUGUCAAUGGCCAUCGAAGCCCUGACGCAGAUGCAUGAGCUCGGGUACACUGCCACGGAAGGUGUGAUAGACGGUUACAUCUUGCGUGAUGUGAAAAUCCAUACCGCCCUUGCGGUCCCAGAAGCGGACGACGGUGUCGAGGUGCGACUCAGCCUGUGGCCAGCGGCGGGCAGGACCGACAAUGGCUUUUUCGAAUUCAGUGUGUCGUCGACGAGCUAUGAUGUUUCCGUCGCCAGCAAUCAUCGCGGCAUAGUCUCGCAGCAUGUGACUGGCAGGAUUCGUCUUGUCACAAGAACAGCCGGUGACGAUAGAAGCUUUAGAAAACAACCUCGACGAAUCCCGGAUUUCCCACAGCGAGCGAGCGGCCGAGCGUGGAACAAGGCGCUCCGCGAAGUCGGAUUCGACUACGGCCCGACAUUCCAGGACAUGGACGACAUCCGCUUCGAUGGUCGGCAACAUGCUGCUAGCUGCACGACUUCAAUCAAGCGAUGCGUGGAUAGAGAGCUUGGAGAGUCCCGCUAUGCCUUGCACCCCGCGUGUGUCGACUCCAUUCUGCAGUUAUGCAUAGCAGCCAUUCAUGCUGGCCGAACCCGCGCGAUGACUUACGGAGUUGUGCCAACAUACUUCGAAGAAAUAGCUCUCUACCCUCCCACAAAAUCUCAACUAGAAGCUGGGACUAGUUGUGGAUAUGCGUGGACCACAGAGCGAGGAGCUCGAUCGUUCAAAGUCAGUGCCCAGAUGACCGCCUCCGAUGGACAACUUGUCCUCGAUAUUGUCAAUGCAGGGACGACAAGCUACGAAGCCGCUCUGCCGCAAAAGAACAGCUCAGUUGACCCGCUGAACGGGAUCACACAGCCGUAUGGCGCAGUAACGUGGAACCUUGACCUCGACGCCCUGCUCGAAAGCCUGUCGGAAGACCAAGGGGACCAGAAGGGCGCGCGUCUUCUCAGUUCGGCCGUUCACCUAGCAGAGUUGGCACUGUUCAAGGAUCCAGGCUGUCAUAUUGUCGAAGUUGGUUUCCGGUUUGCACGUCACACUCUGGAGAGACAUCCGCUCGCCAAUUACACUGUACUCGUGGACCACGAGGCUGAGUCUGAAGCUGUACAAACUCUUGAAGGAUUUCGUUUCGCCAACGUACAAGUCGUAGAGAACGGGUCCCUGAGAUACGAUGCGCCAGCAAGUUCCCAGCAGCCUUUGAAUCCGCCCGGACUGAUUGUAGCCGACUCACUUUCAAAGGCACGGCCGUCUGGGUUUGAUGUCAUUCAUCUUGAAGACCAGACGAUCUACCACAUCAAAGCCCCGCAGGCUUCAGGUCUCGCCGCGCCACAGUCCAAAACCGUUCUCCUGGUAUAUCGGAGCAUUAUCCCCCGAGUUUUCAGACUGACCCAACAUGUCCUCCGUGAACAAGGCUUCGUGGUUGAGACGUGCAGGCUUCUGGCAGCCCCUAUGGUCCUGCAUUCUAAAGAUAUCGGGCAGGUCAUCUUACUCGCCGACCUCGAAGGCACAUCCUUGCUUCACACCAUGGUAGAGGCGGAAUUUGCUGCUGUACAGAAAAUCGUCACACUCAGUUCGUCUCUGCUCUGGAUAUCUGCAGGUGGCGCGAUUGUGGCUUGCAAGCCGGAGUUUGCUCUCGUCCAGGGACUUGCCCGGUGUGCCAGGGCAGAGCUAUGUCCUCUCGACUUCGAAACGCUGGACCUACAUCCUGAUCUCAGCGACGAAGUCAUGGUCAAGGGGAUCCUGCGCAUAGCUAACCUGCAGCAGAAGUCUCUAUACGCCGCUAUGAGCGAACCAGCUGACACAAGUGGCCGUCGUGAUCAGGAGUUUGCUGUUCACGACGACGGCAGGAUGUACAUCAGUCGUCUCAUCGGCAACAAGCAUGUGAACAAAGCCUGUGCCAGCGCACCAGAGCCCGAAACCACGCUUCUGACAAUCAAAAACCGCAGGUUAAGUGGCAAAUUGGUGUCACAAGGAGAACUCAAGUUCGUGGACUGUUCCCAUGACCAAGAUGCCACUCAGCCGAUCCGACCAGACCAUGUGGAAGUCCACGUGCAUAUCAGUGGUCUCUCAAGGGAAGGAGUCCUAGCUAUCAACGGGUCUACUUAUGCCAGCAAGUUCAGCUAUGAAAUGGGCGGCGUCGUCGUCGGAGUUGGUUCUGAUGUGGAGGGGUUGAGGCCAGGUGACACAGUCGUUGGGUUCAGCGCCGCGAAAUUCUCGACGUUUCAGCAAACACAUACGAGUCUCGUCCACAAGGUUGGAAACGGCACAGAAAGCAAGAUGCAAGGGCUCGUGGCAUCUCUACUGCCGUUCGCUAAUGCCAUCUAUGGCCUCGAAGAGCUAGGCCGGAUCAAGGCCGGAGAUGUCGUCCUGAUUCUGGACAACACCGGGCCGAGUGGUGCUGCUGCAGUCCGUGUAGCACUCCAGCACGGUGCCCGGCCCAUAGUCCUGCAGAGCCUUGACACGGAAGACCUUCCUUCAGACAUUGCUGUACGGGAUCCCAGAUGCAUCAUCAAGUACCAUGCAUCCGAACAGCUCGAGAGCAUCUUUCAGCGCCUCACGGAGCUCACCAACGGCCACGGCGCAGAUAUCGUCUUCAGUGGGGGCAGCAGUAUCAACACGGGCAUGGCCGCCGAGGCAUGGCGGCAGAUUGCACCCUCCGGCCGCUUCAUCGACUCUGGAACAAAGGAUAUUUCAACGCGCGCUGGUCUUGACACAACGCCGUUCAACCGUGGCGCAAUUUACGCCGCGUUUGAUCUGAUUGAGUUGUACCAUGCGCGGAAAGAGAUCAUCGCGAGCUUGUUGCCUCGAGUGCUCGCAUCAGCCAACCGCAGUAUGAGCGAAAUCUCACAGAACAAGGGGCUCCCCUUCCCGAUUCGCGUGGUUGAUGUCGCAGACAUCAACCACGCUGUGGCCUCGCACUCGGAAAGCCACGGCACACCGAAGACUGUUGUUCGCUACCGGUCGCCACAGAAGCCACUGCAGAUCAUCCCAUGUGCUACUCGCCCUCGCGUAUCUUUCAGCCAGGACGCCUCCUACCUGCUUGUUGGCUGUCUCGGCGGGCUGGGACGCAGCCUCACUACGUGGAUGAUGCAGAGGGGUGCUCGUCGGUUUGUCUUUCUCUCUCGAACGGGGGCACGCAGCCCUGCUGCUGGGAGGCUUAUCCGAGAUAUUGAAGCCCUGGGGUCAUCUGUGACUGUAGUUCGAGGAGAUGUCACGGUCUACGCAGACGUUGAGGCUGCAGUGAAGCUCGUCCCUUCUGAACAUCCGAUUGGUGGUGUCAUCCAUGCAGCAAUGGUGCUAAGAGAUGUCCUGUUCCAAUCAAUGACUUUCACAGAUUGGCAGACUGCAGCGGCGCCCAAGAUAGAUGGCGUCUUGAAUCUGCAGUCCGUACUUUCCAAGGCCCCAAACUCAGCGCAGCUUGACUUUUUUCUCAUGACGAGCUCAAUAUCUGGUCUCUUGGGCAUGCCAGGACAGAGCAACUACGCUGCUGCUAACGGCUUCCUUGAUGCCCUAGCCAGGCGCGGAUCGCACGAAGCUAUUGACCGCACUCACGAUAAACAGAGGCCAAGAGCAGCACGAGCGCCCGUCUCGAUCAUCCUGCCUAUGGUUCUCGGUAUCGGUGUGGUAGCCGAGAACACGAAGCUUGAGCAAUUGCUGACGCGCACGGGGGUGUAUGGUAUUGAUGAGGAGCAGCUUCUCGAGGCGUUCGAGGUCGCACUGAGCUCUGGAGCUAACCAAAUAAUCCCUGGGCUCGAUCCCGCCAGACUCCGUCACUGUCUCGACGAAGUGGGCGAGGAUGUAUUCUGGCAGCAUGAUGCCCGCUUCAGUAGCAUCAUGCACACUAUCCACUGUGCACAUGUUCUGGGCACUGGCCCCAAAGCGCUGGCAGACAGUCAUUCUAGGCUGACCAUACUCGAGACCAUCCGUGGGGCGCAGUCGCUUUCAGAAUCUGUUCUGACUGUCAAGGAACACUUCGCCGCCAAACUGUCACGUUUGCUCGAGCUAGACGUGCGAGUUAUCGACACUCAAAGUAAAUCCAUAGCUUCAUAUGGUUUGGACAGCAUGAUCGGCGCAGAGCUGCGCAAGUGGAUCUUUAACGAGUACGGACUAGACUUCCCAUUCAAGCAGCUCCUAGCUCCGACCUUGACGAUCGAUAAGUUUGCAUUGCAAGUAUGCAAAGCCGUGAGGUCGGAAGCAGGAACAGACGAUACAAGAGACGUGUAA